UUCAAUGUUCCGCCAAAAUUAAACGCGGCAAAUAUUUUGUAUUUUAAUUAUUUUUUUCGGACUUUUAGCCCACUCUCUAAUAACCAUUCUUGCUAGGGUUUUUCUUAUCAUUUCUACUUGAAAGAGCCCUUCUUCUUCUGCGUCCUCCUUGUUGUGUCCUAUUGCUGCUGAUCGGAGAAGAACCGGAUUCUGGAUAAGAUACUAGAUUGAAGGUUAGCAAUUCUACACUUCUAGUUUUAAAUACUAAUUUCAUGAAAAGUUUAUCAAUUACUUGUUAUUUGUGAUAUUGGAACGGACGACUAUGGAAAAUUUUCUUGAUUGUAUGAUGUUGAUAUGUUAAUCCAAUAUAUAGUUUUGUUUUUCUUUACGAGUUUUUACACGUUUUCUGUUAUGGCGAAAUAUUUCGGAUAUGUCAUUGGUUUUGCCGUAACUCCAUGUUUGCUAAUUAAUUUGAAGGUGAAAUCUUUUUGGUGAGGUUGCUGGUUGUUUCUGAUCUCUUCUUUUGAAAUUCAUCCUAGACUUUAUGUAGUUGUGAACUUAUGAGAAAAAGUUAAUUAUAUAGUUUUACAUCUAUUGUUUUAUAUUUUAUUGUAGGUAAGUAUAUGAUAGAUAAGAAUUGGCUACUUAUUAAGAAUAGGACAUUACUAGAAUAGUUGAAUGGUGCGGAAUAUUUUUUGAACUUUGCAUUUUCUAAUCCUGAUGUUGGUGUAAGAAUUCAGUGUCCGUGCAUUAAAUAUAAUAAUGUUCUUAGAAAAUCACGCGAUGAGGUUAAGACAGAUUUACUUAGGUGGGGAAUAGAUCCGACCUAUGAUAGGUGGAUUUAUCAUGGUGACCCGGAUUCAUCUUCAGAUGAUGAAACAAAUUCCGAUAUAGAUUCAAAUUUAGGGAAUGAUGAUGCUCGCAUUUUUGAAAUGUUGCAUGACAUGUAUCGUGGUGUUCCCUCUAAUAGUCGUGAGUUUGAUGAGACCACUGAGUCUAGGUACGAAGAGCCAAAUACAAAAGCUAAAAGUUUCUAUAGGUUAUUAAAGGAUGCAGAGCAAAAGUUAUAUCUAGAUUGUGAAAAGUUUUCCAAACUCUCGUUUGUAAUGUAUCUUUUUCAGAUGAAGUGUUUACAUGGCUGGACCAAUACUUCUUUUGAAUCUUUGUUAAAAUUAUUAAGUGAUGCUCUUCCCAAAGAAAAUGUGCUCCCUAAUUCUAUCUAUGAAAUUCAAAAGAUCAUAAAAGAUUUGAGUCUAGAUUAUGUUAAGAUAGAUGCAUGUGUUAAUAAUUACAUUUUAUAUAGAAAGGAAUACGCUGAUCUUGAGCAAUGCCCUAGAUGUAGUGAAUAAAUAUGGAUAGUAAGAAAAGGAGAAGAUAUUGAUAAUGAAGUUGCUUUAAGAAAAUUGAAUAAGAGAAAUAAAAAAAUUCCUAGAAAGAUUCUUAGAUGCUUUCCUUUGAUACCAAGGUUAAAACGAUUAUUUAUGACAAAACAAACCGCUGAAGAUAUGACAUCGCAUAAAAAUAAGAGAGUUGAUGAUGGAGUAUUAAGGCAUCCAGCUGACUCAUUGGCAUGGAAAACUUUUGAUGAAAAACAUUCAAGUUUUGCUUCAGAUCCACGUAAUGUAAGAUUUGGGCUUGCUUCAUAUGGUUUUAAUCCUUUUGGUUCAAUGAGUAAUGUCUAUAGCAUGUGGCCAGUAGUUUUAAUUCCAUAUAAUCUCCCCCAUGGAUAUGCAUGAAACAAUCUAAUAUUUUGUUAUCCUUACUUAUUCCUGGACCAAAAGGUCCUGGUAUGAAUAUUGACGUAUAUUUCCAACCCUUGAUUGAUGAUUUAAAAACCUUAUGGGAGAGUAGAAUUGAGACUUAUGAUGCUUUUAAGAAACAAAAUUUUUACUUGUAUGCUGCUUUGUUGUGGACGAUUAAUGACUUUUCAGGUUAUGGUAUGUUAUCCGGUUAGAUCACCAAAGGUAAAUUAGCUUGUCCAGUUUGCCAUGUACAUACUGAGUUAAAUUAGCCUUAAAUGGCUUUAGGUUUCGAACAAUGGAAUCUGAGUUAUAUUUGAAAAUCCAAAAUAGUGGUAUAGUUGUAAAGAGUGAUGAGCAUACAGAAAAUGUUGAUUAUUAUGAAAAGAUAAGAGAGAUUUUAGAGAUCCAAUAUAUGGGUAAUUCAGUCAUAUUAUUUAAGUGUGACUGGUUUGAAGUUCCUCCCCAAGGUCGAAGUCAAAGCAGAGGUUACGAAAGUGAUGAAUAUGGAUUCAUAUGUGUAGAUGUGACACGAAUCCAUUACACAAAUGAUCCAUACAUUUUAGGCUCGCAGGAUAAAUCUGUGUAUUAUGUUAAACAUGGUCAAAGUGAGAAAUGGCAUGAUGUGGUAAGGGUAAGACCAAUUCUCGAACAAGAAGAUGAAGCAGAGCCAUAUCAAUUAAUUGACUUGGUUGAAAGGGAAGAAGCAAGCCUUCAAGCAGAAUUGAACAAUGAUGUCAUAAUAAUUCAAAGAGAAGAUAUUGAUGGAGUGAGUGUUGAAGCACCUUCUAUUAAUAAUGAGGAAGAAGUAGAUUUAGAAGUUGGGGAAGAAUCUGAUCAUGAAAAUGGGGAUGCCUAUAAUAAUUCUGUAACAUAUGAAGAAUACCUUUCUGAGGAAAAAUAUCUUUUUGAGGAAGAAUAUAAUGAACACGAUGAUGAUGAUUGGUUGUGAUCUUCAACUAGUCUUCAAAACUACUUUGCUUAUUUCAAUCGGUUUCUUCACAUGACUUAUGUUCAUCCAUCAACGUACCGAAAUGGUUAAUUUCUACUUUAUACUACUCCUUUUAUAUUUUAAUUUUUAAAUUUUUGUGAUUUUUGCUUUGUAACUUUAUUUGUUUCUCAUUACUUCUGAACAUAUUUUGUCUUUUUCUUAUCAUUUUGCUGCCUUCACUUCUAUAUUCGAUGUCACAACCCAAAAACCUAAUCUGUCGUG